AUGGAAGUAUUGUUCAACGAGGAUUUGGAAGGGAGUAAAGCAUCGACAAAAAAGGCUUCUGAAGGCAGCUAUGUGAUGAAAGACGCGGUUUUGGUUGAAUUUAAAAACGCCGAUGGAACGAUUGGAAAGAUUCGAGCACCGUGUGAAGGAGUUGUGACGUAUUCGAGGGAUGUACAAAGAGGCGCCAUUCUCAGUAAGGGAAAGUUGAUUGCCAAGGUGUCAGAAUGCGAUCACGCGAUUGUCAUCAAGGACAUGUGCGGCACAUGCGGAAAAGAUUUGCGAGAAAAAGGCGGACGAGCUGGACAGCGAAAGGAGCAGUCGGCUGCGAAUGUGUCCAUGAUUCAUAAUGUGCCAGAGCUCAUCGUCUCCGAUACACUUGCUAAAGAGCUUGGGAAUGCGGAUGAGACAAAUCUUUUGGCGAAUCGCAAAUUGGUUUUACUAGUCGAUUUGGAUCAGACUAUCAUCCAUACUACUAAUCGGCCGUUUAACAUUGAUCCGGAAAAGCAUCCCGAUAUAACCCAGUAUACGUUGAUGAAUGGGAAUUAUGUAACGAAAUUGAGGCCACACACCACGGAAUUUUUGCAUAGAAUGUCGAAGUUGUUUGAAUUGCAUAUUGUGACGUAUGGUCAACGGCAAUAUGCUCAUAAAAUUGCGCAAAUUCUUGACCCUGAUCAACGCUUAUUUGGACAUCGUAUACUAUCAAGAGAUGAGUUAUUCUCGGCGCAGCAUAAGACAAAAAACCUGAAGGCGUUAUUCCCUUGUGGAGAAAAACUGGUUGUAAUCAUUGAUGAUCGUGCCGAUGUUUGGAUGUAUUCGGAAGCUUUGAUUCAAAUCAAACCGUAUCGAUUCUUUAAGGAAGUUGGAGAUAUUAAUGCGCCGAAAGAUUCGAAAGAGCAGAUGCCGCCGGAAAUUGAAGAUUCUGCGAAUGAGGACCAUGUUCUUGAGGAAAUUGAGCGUGUUCUUACUAAUAUUCAUGAUAAAUAUUAUGAGAUGUAUGAUUUGAAGAAUCCCGAUGCUCCGCUCAUCGAUGUUAAAAGUGUAAUCAACGAUCAGCGUAGAAAAGUUCUUGAGGGAUGUGUGAUCGUUUUGUCAGGAAUUGUCCCGAUUAAUGAGAAGGUUGAGAAGACUGAUGUCUAUAGGCUUUGCGAACAGUUUGGAGCUAAGAUGGCUGAUACGGUUACUGAUGAUGUUACGCAUGUGGUUGGAGUCAGAUGGGGUACAACAAAAGUUCACCAAGCAUUACGCCUUGGAAAACAUGUAGUCACUGUUCAUUGGGUGUACGCUUGUGUCGAGAAAUGGCUGAAAGCCGACGAGAAGGAAUUCGAAUUGACGAACGAAACAUCGGCGCCGAUUGGGAAACCGCUGGGAAGUCAGCUGGUUAGUGAUUUGGCCAAUAUGAGCACAAUCGGCAAAUCGGCAUUGGCUGAUAUGAAUCACGAAGUCGAUGAAGCGCUUUCGGACGAUGAUGACGAAGAAGAGGAAGAGGAGGAAGAGAUUGAUGAGGAAGAAAUGAAUCUGGACGAGAUGUCGAAUGUUGUUGAGGAAUCAUUGACGCCGCGAUCGGAAGAAUCGAGAAAGCGGAAGCACGUGCCGGAGGAAGAAUAUAAUUCCGAUGGUGAUAAUGAUGAUGACGACGAUGAUGAGACACCGAUGUCGUAUUCGAAGUUGCUCUCCAAAUCGAAGAAGCAGGGACGAAUUGUGUCAGCUGGAAAUGAUGAGGAGGACCUGAUUUUUGAUGUUGAUGAUGAGAAUGGACAUCCUUCUGAUCGGCCUGGACCAUCAGCGACUGAAACCGAAGAAGACGAUGAAGAUGACGACGAAGCUCUUGACGAUGACGAGAUUCCUCCAGAAGACGAUGACGAAGAAUUCGAAGAUAUGGCUGCUUUGAUUGAGCGACAAGUGAGCCACAACGAAGAAGAUUAA